AAAGAAAAUUAACAAAUUAAUUAUAGAAAUUAAAAAAACAAUUAAUGAAUUAAAUCCAAGAAAUAAACAGUGGCAUCUUCAUCCAAAUCCAAUUAUCCACUUCUCCCAAAACAGAAAAAUCUUCACCAAUUCCUUGCCUUCCAAUUCCAUUCAUUUCCCUCAAUUUUCUCCCAGAAAUGAUCCCCACCGCCGGUGUUCUCAGGAAGAGACAGCGCACCACUACCACCACCCGCCUUUCCUCCACCGCCGCAAUUGCCAACUCCUCAUUCUUCGACAUAACUCAUAACCGCCACCGUUGUUCUCCUACCACCGGCGACGUCUCCUCUCUCUUAUUUAACGAUGCAUCCACCGCAGACGUCGUCCUUCGCCUCUUCACCGACGUCAUUUCCUCGCCGGAAUCUCCCUCAUCUGUCACCGUCGAUUCAGCGCCAAUCUCCGAUCUCCAUGUUUAUCUCCACUCAGACAUCCUCCGCCGGUCCAAAUACUUCUCCGCACUCUUAUCCGAUCGAUGGAUCGGCAAUGUCCAUCCUCAACCACCGUCGCCAAAUCAAUCCUCCGAUCACGAACUCUUCCGUCUCAAUCUCGGUGUUCCACCUUCUCCAGGCUCGAUCCAGAAUCAUCUCACGGUUCUUGAACUCCUUUACACAAACGAUUUCCCAAACGCGGUUGAAAAUGCAUCAACUGCACUCGAUCUGCUUCCGGUGGCGCUGGAAUUGCUCUUCGAAGACUGUGUUCGGUGGUGCGUGAAUUACCUUGAAGCCGUACCGUGGACGGAGGAAGAAGAAAACAGAGUCGUAAACCUAAUUCCAUUCUUAAGCGAGGAAGAAUCAAAGGAACUCGUAGCUAGGGUUUCACCUGUAGGAGAAGACGCGAGCGAGGAAAUGCUGCAAGGUUUAAUUUCAUCGGCGAUGAACAAUUACGGUAACACAGCGUUCGUGAAAGCAUUCGUAGGGAAAAUACUGAGAGAUGUAUCUUCAAGGGAAACGGCGAAGAGAGUUUUGGAGAAAGCGUUUAGGAAGAGUUUGAAAACUGUGAAGCAAUCAUUGGAGGAUUAUUCGAGUCCUGUUUUCAGAGGUGAUCAUAAUGAAACGGAAGCUAUUCAGAGAUUGAAUCUUCAUAAGGCUUCUACUAUUGGGAAACAACUUUUGUGGCUUGUGGAGAGGAUGAUUGAGCUCAGGGUAGCUGAUGCCGCGGUUCGUGAAUGGAGUGAACAAGAAGCUUUCACUGGUGAUUUGAAGAGGGCGUUUCGUGAUGAUGCUUGGAGGAAUAUUGUUCCUGGUCUUCCUGCUGUUAUUCUUCGUUGUACUUCUAAGCUUGCUCAUGCUGUUUGUGCCGGCACCAUUUUGGCUUCUACUCAGGUGAGAAGGAAGCUCGUAGAAGAUUGGCUUCCUGUUUUGGUUGUAUGCAAAGACAAUGUUUCACCUGCCAGCAACAAAUCAUUAUAUCUAGAGCUGGAAGAAACAUUUUUGCGAAUAAUCUCCACAUUGCCCAUGUCAGAUGCUCAAGAAUUGUUGCCGCAGUGCCUUAGCUUUUCGACCCGAAAUGUUGAAGAUUGCCCUCACUUGGUAACAGCGUUCAACACCUGGUUCCGACGUGCAGCCCAUCCCUUCAAACUAGAUUCUUUCUGUGAUCAAUCAGAUACCUGAUCUGGAUUUUUGUUGGCUGGCUUGUCAAAUAUUGUGCAAAUGUAUAUACUUUGUUCAGAAAGUUUUAAGUUUAACUUAACAUUGUACAGAUAACUGUCUUCUAGGAAGAAUGACAACCAAGAUACUUAGACCCUGUCCUAUGGUUGGCGGUUGUCGGUGUGGCUAGUAACUUGUUUGAAAUGCAAUAUUUUAGUUGCAUGUAUUUCUGAGUUGUUGAAAUGGUGCUUAUCAAGUUUUAGGUCAAAGUGAAAAUACAAGCAUUGGUUCUCUUGU